UUUUUUAGACUCCACGUUACAAGCAAAUUAUUCAGAGAUUUAAAUUCUGUAGCUGCCGGCAUACCAGUAUGAAACGCUAAGCAGGCCACACAUUCUGAGAUUUGUAUGUGCCUGCGCAAAACACAAAAUAAUUUUUGCGGUUGCGUGAAGAUCGUUGAUAAAUAAAUGAAAUCGUCGCGUUUGUCAUGCAUAUUUAGACUUUGUAAUAACAGACUGGUGCUUCAGAGAGGCUAUAGACAGGACGAUUAAUACUCAUCUGACAGAAAUGAGAAUGUUUGUAUUCAAUUCUCCUUGUCUUAAAUGCCACAUAGCGAGUUCAUUUCUUUGGAGUAGUAAGGCGGUUCUUUCUCAUGAAUGUUCAUACUGAAAAAUACUAUGCUCCGCCCCCAGCCAUUAAGGAUUUAACAAAAUUUGUUAUUUCAGUGCAAAAGUCUUUGACAAAGAAAAACGUCCAUCUGUGUCUAAGGAAUGUUGUUCUGUCCCGCAAUGUUCUUCAAGAGCGUCUCGAGACAGAUGUCUCAGCUUCCACAGAUUUCCCAAAAAAGGAAGAAAAAUAACGAUUUUGAAUGGAUUCGGAAAGACAGAAUUGAGGGAGUUGUGGGCACAAACUUUACGACUUCAGAAACCCGUUACGCCUUAUAUGGUUGUUUGUUCGAGGCAUUUUUCAAGAGCAGAUUUCAUUUUACCAGAUUUUCCUGCAAGGAAACGUUGUUUGAAGAAGAAUGCUAUUCCAUCCCAAAACCUCCCAGUGUCUUCUUGCAAGAUGCUGGUUGGCUCAAAAGACAAAAAAAGAAAGAUACAGGCUUAUAUUCUUAAUAAGGAAGGAGCAGUAGGUAUUACGCCUUGUCAAGAUAAAUAUGAAAUAUGUUUUGAGAGUGUAGAUGUUGCAGAAGGGCAGUUUACCACACAAGAACAUGAAUUACACUCUGAGAAUGUGGAUACCUUAUUAAUUAAAGAAGAGGUUUCUACUGAACAAUCGAAUGAAAUGUUUUAUGAGAACAUGACUGCUUCAUCAAUCAAAAAGGAGCAUCCUUUCACACAAGAACUGAGAGGGUGUUCUGAAAAUGCUGAUACAGGUGAGGAAAAGUGUGGCAUGCAUUUCAGCAUUGUUGAUGUUUCGUCAAUCAAGAAAGAGCCAAUCGAUGAGGUGAACGUUACUCGGGACUCAUUUGCUAUAGGAGAAAAUGAGACUGUGAAUCCAUUAUCAAUUAAACAAGAACAAGAUAUGGAACAAGAAGAAUGUGAUGCAUAUUUUGCAAAUAAUACACAAAUGAAGGAAGGGGAAGUUGGCAAUAUAAUUGCAACAGAACAGUCUUCCAGAGGGAUAAAUGAGACAUUUUUUGAAAAUGACAAUAUUAUACAUAUUAAGGAAGAAGAACCUGAAAUUCAAGAGAAUAACAGCUAUAUUCCAAUUAAUGAAAACCACUUUACUACUCAGGGCAUUAAAAUGUGUUCCAUGAAUUUAGAUCUUAUGUCAGUUAAAGAAGAACAGCUCGCUGAUGAAAGUUUUGCUGUAGUUAAAGUAAAAGAGGAAGAAAUUACCUUUCCAGAACAAGAAGAAAGUGAAACAGAUGAAGUGUUCAGUAUGAAUGGACUAACUGUUGCUGGUCAAUCACCAACAACAGAGCAACAAAAUACAUCCAGGGAUGUUCAUAUCUUUCAGCCAGAUGGAACUGACCAUAGUGCAAAUACACUUCAUAAAUGUGAGACAUGUGGGAAAACAUUUAUGAAACGUAAAUAUCUUCUUGCACAUGUUCGUAUCCAUACAGAUGAACGUUGCCAUAAAUGCAAAGUGUGUGGAAAAGCCUUUCGAUUACGCUAUGCUCUUAAGAGACAUUUUCUCACUCAUAAAAAAUGCCAAGUAUGCCAUAAAACCUUUCGGUCCCUCAAAAUACAUGCCCUAACCCAUUUAGAGAAUCAGUCUCAAGAAUGUAAGAUCUGUAAUAAAACAUUUGCAUCUCUACGUGCUCUUCAGACACACGUUCGUACACAUACAAAUCAAAUCCAAGAAUGUAAACUUUGUGGUAAAACACUUACAACCUUAGGAUCCCUUAAGACACAUGUAAGAGUACAUACAGGUGAACGUCCAUAUGAAUGUAAGAUAUGCAGCAAAAACUUCAUACGUUCAAACAGACUUAAGGAACAUGUUCGUAUUCAUACAGGAGAACAACCAUAUCAGUGCAAGACAUGCUGGAAGACUUUCAAGUUUGCAAAUACUUUGAGGCUCCAUGUUCGUCUUCAUGCAAAUGAAAGAACAUUUAAAUGUAAAGUAUGUGAUAAAGAUUUUCAACUUCUAGGUGACCUCAAGAAACAUUAUAUUACUCACAAAAAAAAUAACACUUACAACUGCAUACUUUGUAAUGAAAGAUUUACAGAUCUUCGUAGGUUCAAGAAGCAUAUUUUAGUUCACACACGUGAACAGCUCUACUAGUGCAUGAUAUGUGAGCAGAUAUUUAGGUGUUUAGUCUCCCUGAAGGCACACAUUUGUUCACACAGAUGAACGGCCAUAUAAAUGGAGUGAGUGUGGUAAAAUGUUUCGAUAUAGAUCAACUCUAAAAUCACAUUCCUUAAUCCAUUCAAGGAGAGAUCCUAAUGAGUGCAGGAUUUGCAGAAAAUCAUUUACGGAGCCAUAAUACUUAAAGAUACAUUCCUUAAUCCACCAGUGGCGGCUGCCCUAGUAGAAAUAUAAUGUCAAUGCACACCCAGUUGAUUUCAACUCAUCUUAGUGUAUCACAGAUACAUAUUUGUGCCAACUAGGAAAGUAACCCCACAUUUCAAAACUUUACUUAAAGUCUGAUGCUUUUAUUGCAUAAGAUUUCAAAUUGAACAAAAACAAUAUUAAUCUACCUUAUUUCAGGAUGUGUCACUUUCGCGAGGAACAUCACGUACAGCAUUUCCCCCUUCCCCGUCAAUAAGAAGCAGUGAAGCAGCAGAUUAAAGAACAUAAACAUACUUCACUGAAUCAAAUGCCUUGAUGGCAGAGCCUAAGGUCAAGGGGGGAGAAGGUAUGAGCCCCAUGAACAUAUUUGACAUGCAGCAUGCCCCUGUAGAAACUUAAAAUACCUAUUUGACCUGAAAUGUGAAAUGUUUUGUUGUAGAAUAAAAAAUUCUUUGAUGUCUGUAUCACUUAAUAUGAAUAAAAUAAAAUAAAACUAAUGACAAAUAUGAAGAAUGAAAGUACAAGCAAGCAUAUGGACAUAAGAGUGUUGUCAACAUCUAGUAAAAAGGAGAUAAGAAAUUGCUUUGUUAAUGGAAUAGUAGUACACGACUAUCAAAUCCUAGGCCAUCUUUAAUUAAUUCCACUUCAUUUACUAGAAGAGUGCCUGCAGUGUUACUGCAUAGAAAUUCAACAGAUGCUUAUAUUUGCUGCUAAUCCUUAUUGUCCGCGCGGUCUGAGGCGUGGGCCUUCUGCCUCUUGGUCGCUGGGACCGUGGGUUCGAAUCCCACUCAAGCCAUGGAUGUCUGUUCGCGUUUCUGUGCUGUCCUGUGUACAGGUAGAGGUGUUGCCACGGGCCAAUCCCUCUGUCUAUAGAUCAAAGCCAACAUCUUCACUGGAACUCAAAUUCAGGGCAGUUUUAAGUUUCUGAAAUCUCCUUGCUAAAAUGAAUACAUUUUACCUUUCUGCCAUCCUUCUAUUGUGUUUAAUUUCUGAGCUACAGGAAACAUCAUGAGGAAUUGAAUCCAGGAAAUUUUUUUUGGUGUUGUGGCCUUUGUUCCUGUUACCUCUUUGGACCUGGCACCAUUCUUCCAUCAUGCUUAAUUUUUGAGCAACAGAAACAAUCUUCAUCAGGAAUUCAGGAGUUUCCUAUGGUUGUAACUUUUGUUGCUAUAAUCUCUUUAUAACAAACAACUUCAGUCUUUGCACCAUUCUUCCGAUAUGCUUAGUUUCUGAGUUACUGGGAAACGAACUCAGGACACUUUUUUCAAGAGUGUUGAUCCUCCCAUGUUCUCUUCCUGGUCUCAGGGAAUAAGCAUGCAAAGUGUGUUGCAAAUUAGUAUAUCCAUUCUUGAUAUAUAAGUGAACAAAUAAUAUUAACACAAUUUCAAGAUAAGAUUCUUUAUCAACUGUCAUGAUUAUGUAAUACCAGUGACUCAAUAAAUGAUGUAGAAGGAAGUAA